AUGGCCCGUAGCUUUUCCCGUAGCCAAAAACCCCGUAGACAGGUGCAAAACUUGGAUCAUUUGAAGAUUGCACUUAAGGAUAUACAAUUAGCCACAGAGAACUUUGACGAAAAAUAUUGUAUUGGGUCAGGUGGAUAUGGUAAAGUGUACAAAAGUUACUUGGCAAUAAAGAUGAAGGGUAAAGAUGAACUUACGGAAAUGAGUACUGUAGCUAUAAAGCGCAUCUUCAAUAGAGAUGACGGUCAAGGAAAAGAAGGGUUCCUUGCUGAAAUUGAUGUGCUGAGUAGAUGCGAGCAUCCCAACAUAAUCUCACUACUUGGAUUUUGUGUUGAAGAUAAUGAAAUGCUUCUGGUGUAUGAGCACGCUCCUAAGAAAAGCUUGGAUGGUUAUUUGGGAAGCACGAACAAGGUUAAUCCUACAUGGACACAGCGUCUGCAGAUGUGUAUUGAUAUUGCACAUGGUUUGCAUUACUUGCACACAAACAUGGGGAACAAAUAUGGGAUAAUCCAUCGUGAUAUAAAAAGCGACAAUAUUUUGUUGGGAGAGAACUGGGAAGCUAAGAUUGCUGACUUUGGGCUAUCUAAAGUUCACCAUGGAUAUCUUCACGCGAGCACCAUCAAAACAAAUCAUAUUGCAGGCACAAAUGUGUACUUGGAUCCAGAAUAUGCUAGGACAGGUACAUCUCCUGGAGAGGCGUCCCUUGAUUAA